AUCAUUAGCAGCUGUGACCACUAUGUAAAAGUAUAUAAGAGGCCGGGCAAUAUGUUUGUACCUCCAUUAGCGAAACUCGCUUGUCUUCAGCGUAUUCUCAUUGAUCUGACUUGGACGAAGAAAGGAUCUGAAGUCUGCAGACGAACCAUGGUUCACACUUCACUGAUGAUCAUCGCCCUCCUUGCGGGCGUCCUUUUCUUGGAGAAUGUCGCCUCCGAGUCGACUCCAGAAACGCAAAACGUCUUCGUCGUGCUCAUGGACGAUUUAGGCUAUGCUGACAAUCAAGGCGCCGAUCCCGAGAUGCGAACCCCUAACAUGCAGCUUCUUAGGCAAGAGGGCGUCACCUUCAAUCAGUCCUACGUUCUGCAGGUGUGCGCUCCUACCCGCUCCGCCAUACUCACGGCCAGAUACCCCUACACAUACGGCAUGCAGAUUAACCAGAUCAAAGGCGCUAACCUGGCGUGGCUGAACACAUCUUUAAAACUCUUUCCCGAGUACAUGAAAGAGAACGGCUACGCCACCUACAAGGUGGGCAAGUGGCACCUUGGCCACUGCAACGAGACCCUAACUCCCUUGUGGCGAGGGUUCGACUACGACUUCGGCUUCUACACUAACUCUCUGGGCUUCUUCAACCACUCGGGGCAGGGUCCCUUCUCCUACGACUUCCGCAACCAGACUGAAGUGUACUACGACCAGGGCACGUACGCAGCUGACCUUUUCGCCCAGUACGUCCGCAACGCCAUCGUCAACCGCAACAAGAGUAAGCCCAUGUUCAUGUACUACGCCAUGCAGAGCGUGCACUGCCCGUGCGAGGCCAAGCAGGACGUGGUGGACAGGGUGUGCCCGCACAUCAAAAACCUCGAGCGGCGCACGCGCUGUGGGAUGGUGUACUCGGCCGACCAGGCUCUCGGAGAUCUGCGAGAUGUUCUCAUCUCUGAGGGAAUAUACAACAACACCAUCGUAGUGCUGUUGGCUGACAACGGUGGACCUCUGGAUGGAGGCGGCUCUAACUGGCCACUUCGAGGGCAGAAAUCGUCGUUUUGGGAGGGAGGCAUGAGAUCGUUCACUGUGCUGCGCAGCGGCAAACUCAGGUACACCAACACCACCUACAAGGGCAUGAUCCACGCCGUGGACUGGCUCCCGACCUUGAUGAGGGCCGCCGGCCUUAUCCCGCCAACCACAGGCCUCGAUGGUCAAGACUUGUGGAAUCAGAUUCUCACCAACAACGCCACCGGCAGGACAGAGUUUGUCUACAACAUGGAUGACAGUACUAACCGCUACUGCAUUCGAAAAUUCGAAUAUAAAUAUUGCGAAGGUGUUCCUGGAAGGAAAUACAACGGCUGGUAUCCCCCUGCCUCCAUGAUACCGAGUCUAAAAAACCAGAUUUACUCCGGAAACCUGACGUGGGGCGACAUCAACUUCGGCAAAGACAUCCAGAUGAGCAACAUUUCCAAAAUUCUGCUCUUCAACAUCGAAGAAGACCCCCAGGAGAUCUACAACCUCCAAGACAUCUACCCGUUAAAAGUGGAGGAGAUGAAGAAACUGCUUCGCAAAUAUAAAAAGUCCCUGUUCCCCUUCGUGGAAGCCGAGAAGGCAACCAACGCCUUCGUCAAGUACAACGAGACGUUUGGCUACGAGGGACCCGGAUGGUGCAACCCCUAAAUAUUAAAAGAUGUAAAUGACACAAUCUUCAGACGUUUCGGUUACCAGUUGAUGUUCUGAAGAUCUGAGAUUUCAAGAAGAAAUAAAAUUUCUGAUUUUAA